AUGGAUCACAUACUUACGUACUCGGCUCAUAGAUCUACCCUUGUUUCUGGCAAUGCCCGCCAGGUUUUGUCCUUGAACGUCGCCUACCUUCAGAGCUGUGGAUACGCAACCAAGGUUGUGCAGGUGCCUACUAUGGCCGAGUCCCUAACAGAGGGUACCCUGAAACAGUGGAACAAGCAGGUCGGAGACUUUGUGGAGCGUGAUGAGGAGAUUGCUACUAUCGAGACCGACAAGAUCGAUGUGUCGGUGAACUCACCAGAAUCCGGUACCAUUGUGGAACUUUACGCUCAGGAAGAGGACACCGUUGAGGUUGGAAAGGACUUGUUCAAGUUGGAGCUCGGUGACGCACCUGCCGGUGGUGCUGCUAAGAAGGAGGAGGCCAAGGACGCACCUAAAGAGGCUGCUUCCCCGGCCAAGGACGAGAAGAAGGAAGAGAAGCCCGCACCUAAGCAAGAGGAGAAGCCUGCACCACCAAAAGAGGAGAAGUCUGCGCCCAAGAAGGAGGAGAGCAAGCCUGCGCCUAAGCAAGCGAAGCCCGCUGAGCAGCAAGCUGCUCCUGCCGCUGGUGCCCGCACCGAGAACCGUGUCAAGAUGAACCGCAUGCGUUUGAGGAUUGCCGAGCGUCUUAAGGAGUCCCAGAACACCGCUGCGUCUUUGACUACCUUCAACGAGGUUGACAUGUCUGCCCUUAUGGCUCUCCGUGGCAGGUACAAGGAUGACCUCCUUAAGAAGACUGGCAUCAAGCUCGGUUUUAUGUCUGCUUUCACCCGCGCCUCCGUUCUCGCCAUGAAGGAGGUUCCCGCCAUUAACGCCGCCAUCGAGGGACCCGGUAAGGGCGACACUAUCGUCUACCGCGACUACGUCGACGUUUCCGUUGCCGUUGCUACCCCUAAGGGUUUGGUCACCCCCGUUGUCCGCAACGCCGAGACCAUGGACAUGAUGACCAUUGAGAAGAGCAUCGCCGAGUUGGGUGCCAAGGCUCGUGACAACAAGCUUACUUUGGAGGAUAUGGCCGGUGGAACGUUCACUAUCUCUAACGGCGGUGUUUUCGGAUCUUUGAUGGGUACCCCCAUCAUCAACUUGCCCCAGACUGCUGUCCUCGGUCUCCACGCUACUAAGGACCGUCCCGUUGCUGUGAACGGUCAGGUGGUUAUCCGACCCAUGAUGUACAUGGCUCUUACCUAUGACCACCGCCUCGUUGACGGACGUGAGGCCGUUACUUUCUUGAAGCGUGUUAAGGAAUUUAUUGAGGACCCCGCUUCUAUGCUCUUGCACUAA